AGCACAUGCCGUAUGGAAAGCGAUUUAGGUGACGAUUGUCAUUAGAAAGCAACAGCAUUCGCAUUUCGAGCACAUUCUUCGGUUCACAGAUUUCUAAUAUAAUCAUCUGAAGUCCGAGGAGAAUAGCGGUGAUAUGUAGCGGUCUCAGUGUGAUUCAAUUAGGCUCUUUAAUGAAGAUGCUAUAACAAGCCUGCGGUAUCAUCAUCAACACUCGCAAGGUCAUCACUGACAUCAAACGGUGUCGUCUUCCGUUCAUGAAUUUUUAAACGUUUGUGAGACUACCAGAGAAAGGCACGGUUUAAAAACGACUAUACUAUACUAUAAUUGUUCUGGUUAGAAAAACAAACAAACUGAAAUUGCGUAAAUAACGUUGCGCUUCAUCGAAUCAUCUGUGAAGAUUCCGGCGGAUUACGUUUUUCUGCGUGUACAUUGAAUAAACUGUGAAGGCGCUGCCGCUGUCGCGCGACAUUCACGACGGGAGACAUACAUCUGUUUUCUUCCUGGAUGCUCCAAGAUGAUGAAAUCGACAUUUCUAAGAUAUGCUGUUUAUGUGCAGAUCUGCAUUUGUUGUACAACACCAUGGGGAGACGAUAACUGGGAGUAGUUCCGGUUUCAUUUCAGUGGGCUUUAUAUAUAUAUAUAUAUAAAUAUAUAUUUUAAUACCACGAACGGACUAUCCUUCUUUCAUCAUGAUAGAUGAGCGAAUCAUUUGGAGGAACUUUUUCACGCCUUCACCCGACGAUUUGCCUAGACUGUUGCAAAAUGGAUCAACCGAGGAACUGAUUUGGACCACCACCGUGGCACACAUAGGACGUCCGGAUCCCAGAUUGCCGAGUUUAUCCACAUAUCUGGGACUUUUUGUGUGUUUGUUGCUGUUUCUGCUGGCCCUAAUGAUUGUGAUGCUUUACCGGAUGAAACACACUAUCGCACCUUUACCGUCAGACGUGGAGAGCGUGGGGCAAACAGAGAUGUUUCCUGAGGAUGGGAGUGAAGUGUCCAUCUAUUCUGCUGACUGAUCUCAUCCAACCUUCAUUUGCCAGUAACAUGUGUGGAAGGUGUACAUUUUGUCUUUGACAGAAUAUUUGAUACCAAAACCCCAAACCCCAAAAAAAAAAAAAACAAAACUGGAGCAUAUCAAUUUAUAGUAUAUCAGAUGUAAUAUUGCAGUUUUCUGCUGUUUGUCCAGUUCUGAGUGGAGCAUGUGAAAAUGAGUGUGUAUAUAGGUGAAUCUAAUGAAGAAGAAGAAGAAAAGAUCCAGGUUAUAUUUCAUCCCAUAAUGGAAGAAGAAAAUAAACUCUAUUUUACAUAAACAACAUUAAGCUGGUUUAAUGUGAAAAUGUCAGUACUCUCUUGUUCUAUGAUACAGUAAAUAAAACUAUCAUGCUAA